AUGCAAGUCAAGAUCGAGUUCAGUGGUGGAUGUGAAUUGCUAUUUGAGAAUAAAACUUCAUUGACGAUUGUCAAUUUGGAGGAAGGAACAACAAUGCAACAAUUAAUUUUAUUGUUGAGAGACAAGUACUUGAAGGAAAAACCUGAAUUGUUUAUGAAUAAUGAAAACACAUCAAUCCGACCUGGUAUCUUAGUCAUCAUCAAUGACACUGAUUGGGAGCUUGUCGAUGAAUUACAAUAUAAAAUUCAAGACAAGGACAACAUUGUAUUCAUCUCAACUCUACACGGAGGAUAA